AUGCUCUCAUACUUCACAUUGCUGUCGAUAGCGACAUUACUGCCGCGAGGUCUAACGGCUCCUGUGGAAGACCGAGCAGUCAGCGAUCGAUUCACGCUGUACGAUUUGCCUACAGAGCUGACCGGUCCUUGCGAUUUGGAAGUCGGGCAAGACGGUGCAUCUUGGGGUCAGGGCAUUCUCAAAAACAUCAUUUUUCGCAUCGACCCUGACACCGGCAAGAUUGACGAAUAUCCUAUUCCCUUCACCACGCCCUUGGACCCAACGCCCAUUGAACUGCCCGGAGUCGCCAAAGACAUUACUGAUCGUACUGCAUUGAGCUGUGCGAUCAGGAAGGGCGCUGACGGAAAUCUCUACGCUGCGGAUGGCAUCAGGAACCAGCUUGUACGUAUCAAUCCGACGACAAAGAAGAUCGAUAUCUUCCAGAAUCCGGAUUCGAACAUAGCCGGAAACCUUCAACCAUUCAAUGAUCUAUACACUUCCAAGGACGGCAUGUACGUCACAGCAACGUCUGGGAACACAUUCGCCAUAUUCAAUUACGCCACCGAAAAGUUCACUACCUACACGAUCCCAACACCAGCAUCAUUGCCUCUCGGACUCAUAGUUGCUUCCGACGGCAAAGUAUAUCUCGCAGAGUUCGGGGCCAACAAAAUCCUGGUGUUCGACCCGAAGACUGAGAAGAUAGACGAAUACCCUCUACCUGAGCCAGCUCAAUUCCCUACAGUGGUACGAGCCGAACGUGACGGCUACGUCUACUUCGCCUUGUUUGUUGGAAAUGGAAUUGGCCGGAUCAACAUGGAGACGCAUAAGAUCGACAUUUAUCACACCAAUCAGCCGCUUCUUAUUGGAGCCGAAAAUACCAUCGACUCAAAGGGCGGCGUCUGGUACAGCGCAUUCACCGGCAACGUGCUAUCUCGCCUGAACACAGACACUUUCAAGUACGACUAUGUCACCCUCCCGGUCGGCUUGGGAAAGUUGGGAUUCACAGGGCUCCUAGGUGGGCUUCCUCCGGCGGUCGACGUUGCGGUCAACUACGGACCAGGAGAUGCAGUCUGGUUUACCUCUGUUCUGACGAACCAGGUGGGACGGUACAAUCUCACAGGGUUGUAUUAG